AUGGACCAAGCAGCUCCUACCACUCGCAAUCGAAGGCGACGGACCGCAUCCGCCGAAGGCGACGGCGUGCAAGUCCCCAUACCAGCUGUUUCUUCUACAAGCUCUUCGACCAAAACCUCGACUCGAGGCAAAAAAGAUCGAAAGCCAAGUUCCAGCCGCGACCCUACCACGCCACCACCACCAGCGGCGGCGGCGGGAGACGAACCGUUCAGGAAGACGCGCCUCCUUUCCAGCUCCGGCAAAGACUCGGAAGCCACUGCGACGCCGAGCCAAGCUCAAAACUCCGACUUCGAGACGAAACACGACGCAGCCGAUGCUACUGCCGCCGUUAGCGACAAAGCGAGUCCAUCUUCUUCGAGAGGUUCGACUCAGAUUACAGAGAAGCCUGCGCCUGAAACAGCAUCUCCGUCCAAAUCCAGAGCCACAAGCCUCAAGACCAAGGUGCACUCGGCACGGAAAUUGUCUCCACCGACCAGAUCGUCCAAGGACCUAGCAAGUGAGCUCUUUGACGACGACGAGGAGGAAAACGAAGCGAAAGAACCCACAGCAGCAGUCAUGAGCAGAAAGAUGGACACUGCCGCCUCCGCCGCCACAAACACAUCCAGCAGCGGCGAUGCGCAGCCAGAGCAGCAAGUUGAAGUGAUCGUUUCGUCUCGCAAACGCCGACGUGCCAAUUCGGGUGGCUCGCAGAUCGAGUCGCAACCCAGCUCCUCCUAUACCACCGCCGUCGAAGCCGAACCUCUCCGCACCAAUGCGACCGAUGCCGCUUCCCUCCAGCUCCGAAUCCGCCAGCUCGAGAUCCAGCUGGCCGAGUCUAAAGCCAAAGCAGAACAGAGCGCCGGUACCGUUGGCGCUCAGCACAGCAUCUUCCAGGAGCUUCACGGCCAGUGCAUCUGCCACAUCUGCCUCGAGCCCUCGUUCCGUCCCUGUGUGUUGGCUCCGUGCGGCCACGUUUUCUGCAUCCACUGUCUGCGCGCCUGGUUCACCAAGCCUCUGGCCAGCGAAGCCAGUGCUCCGGCCCACUGGUCGCAACGCGAGACCGAAAAUUACCAACGCUCACGCACGCUCAAGCGCAAGAAGAUCUGCCCCUCGUGCCGAACCGAACUCGCCUGUCCGCCCGUCGAGGUGUAUCUGGUCCGAGACAUGCUGGAAAAGGUGGACCAGGGACUCAAGCUGAGCAAGGAGGCCGACGACGACUCGCAGCGCGCCGAGUCGAGCACCGCUAUCCUAGAUGUCGACGACCAGGUGCGUUCCAGAGGCGAAGAUCUGCCCAAGGGUGCCAACCUGUGGGAAGAUAUUUUCGACCAGGAUGGUCCGCGCCGCAUCAUUUUCGACGAGAUGGACGGCGUGCCUCGUUGUGGCAGCUGCGGAUCCGAGAUCUUUGACGGUGUCUGCAGCAAUCCUUCGUGCGCGAUCGAGUAUGACUCGAAUUCGGAGUAUGAAGAUUUGCGACGUGGUGGGUGGGACGAUGUGGGCGACUUUGAUACGGACCACGACAGCGAGGAUGACGAGGAUGGAGACGGCGGCGGUGCAGCUCGAGCCCGUCGCAACGGAAGCCUUGCGCAGCGGCUAGCAGACUUUGAAGCUCGUCAUGGCCGAUCGGAGGGAUUGCAACGUGGUAACCGGCUUGAACUGCCGGACGACUUUGAGGGCAUCGCGCACAUCGACUCUUCGGAUAACGAGCACGUAGUCGAAGACUAUACGGAUGGAAGGCCGCUCGAUCGCAUGCGAGGAGGCCGACGACGUGGCUAUGAUGAUGAGGAGGAGGAGGACGAGGAGGAGGAGGACGAUGAAGAGAUGGACGACUUUAUCGUGCGCGAUGAUGUUGACGAGACUGGCGAGGACGAUGAAGGGGAUGAGGAAGAGGAGGAGGAUGAUGAUGAUCGCCGCCCCAGUCACUUCCAUGAGGGGCCCAACGUCGAUUCUGGAUUUGAGGAGCUGAGUGAGGAGGACGAUUUCCUGCCAGGCCCGCGACGCGGUGGGCGGGGUGCGGCGAUUGAGAUAUCGGACGAUGACGACGAUGAUGAAGAAGAAGAAGGUGGGGACACGGAGUCGAGCGUGGAGUACCGAGGUCAUCGAGGUGGUCGGAGCGGCCGAAGAGUGAUAAGCGAUGAUGACGAUGACGAAGAGGAGGAGCAGCGCUACAGCGAAGGCCAGAGCAUGGACGGUGUGAGUGACGAGGAUGGGGAGGGCCACCGUGAUCAGCUUGGGAGCAGCACGGACAGCAGCGUUCGACGCCGACGAGCACGGAUCGUGGACGACGAUGAAGAUGAAGAUGAAGAUGAAGAUGAAGAUGAAGAUGAAGAUGAAGAUAAAGAUGAUAUGUGA